UCAGAAGCAGUUUUAAAUUCAGUGUGACAGAGAGGGAAGCAGUUCUAGGUAGUGGGGUCAAGAGCAGACAUCCAAGGGAGAGAACAGGGAGAGGUCUGAACAGAAGUCAGGAGCAAGCUGGCUGAGAAGACGGCAUUUUAGGAGCCUAAGAACCAGAGGCUGGGCUCUUGCUGGGAAGUUCACUGAGGCCAACUGUGCAAUAAAGUCUACAAAUCCAGAAAAUCAGCUUGUUUAACAAAAAGAGUGAAAGGAGAUGAGUGCAACGAGACUCUUUUCUGUGAAGCUGAAUGAUGGAUACUUCAUGCCUGUUCUGGGACUUGGCACCUCGGCUCCUCAUGAGGUUGGUAAGAGUAAGGUGGAGGGCGCCAUCGAGACAGCAAUUGAUGUGGUCUAUCGCCACAUUGAUUCGUCUUGUGUAUACCUGAAUGAGGAGGAGAUUGGGAGAGCCAUCCAGAAGAAGAUUGCCGAUGGCACUGUGAAGAGAGAUGACAUAUUCUUCAGUUCGAAGGUGCUCUGUAGAGUUGCAUAUCUGUGGCUCACCUUUUUCCGCCCAGAAUUGGUCCAAACUGCCCUGGAAAUGUCGCUAAGGAAACUCCAGCUAAGCUAUGUGGAUCUUUUUCUUAUUCAUUUCCCAACAGCUUUGAAGCCUGGGGAGGAGAUUUUCCCAAAGGACUCCCAUGGGAAAAUCAUUUUUGACACAGUGGAUCUCUGUAGCACGUGGGAGGUGAGUACAGCUUCUGUGCCUUCAUGGAGAGGGGACAGGCAGGAAUUCAGCCAAGAUGGAUCUAGUUCAAUUCUGUCACCUGUGUCAACCCAGGCCCUGGAGAAGUGUAAGGAGGCAGGAUUGGCCAAGUCCAUUGGUGUGUCCAACUUUAACCGCAGGCAGCUGGAGAUGAUCCUCAACAAGUCAGGGCUCAAGUACAAACCUGUCUGCAACCAGGUCACCAGUGGCACUCCCUCUCAUUAUUGCACCUUGGGACCCCAGCUGCUUCAAGAGAACAGAAUGUAUUUCAAAUUGUUGAGGAUAGUUCCCAAGGCCAUGUCACUUGUUUUCUUUUUAGUUUUUCAUGUGGAAUGUCACCUGUACCUCAACCAGAGCAAACUGCUGGAAUUCUGCAAGUCCAAGGACAUUGUCCUCAUUGCAUACAGUGCCCUAGGCUCUGAUCCCAAGAAGGAUUGGGUGAACAAGGACAACCCAGUUCUCCUGGAGGACCCAGUACUCAAUGCCAUCGCUGACAAGCACCAGCGAACCCCAGCUCAGGUUUUUGACUUCCAAUUGACACCAGAGGAUAUGAAAACUCUAGAUGGCCUCAACAGGAACAUCCGUUAUUUUAAUUUUACUCUGUAAGUAGUUUGUUUCAUUGCAGAUUCUGGAAGCAGGACAGUGAGGGGAUUCAGCUUACUCCAGUCCUCCAGGAAGAGUCUUCUCUUCCUUCUUGCUUUAGGGAAGUUGUGGGAAAUCACGUUUUCUUCAAGCCCUCAGACCACCUUUUCACUGUCACCCUCGUGUUCCUCUGUCCUAAUGCUGCUUAAAUUCCGGGAUCAAUCGAUUUACUAUCAUCCUUUGCAUAUUUCAUCACCCCUUGCCCUUCUGUCUCCCUGUCAUGCUCACUGACCUAAGUCCCAUCUCUGCUCACAUCAUCACUGUUUCCCUUGCACAAGAUGAUUCCUUGAGGCUUUCAAACAUGUGCUCUCUUUCCAUAAAAUCCUCUCCUGAUUUGACCUCACUCCCCAGCUACAUCCCACUUCUCCUUGUAUAGCAAAGCUUCUUGAAGAGGGGACUUUUGUGCCCCCAGUGUCCCCUCUACACACACACACACACACACACACACACACCUCAAACAUGCUGAUGUUACAGUCAAGUCACUUGCCGCUCUUUGUUCUCCCUGCUUCUCUACUUCAUCCCCACACACAGGAUCUAAUCCACAGGACCACAGGUUCCAUGGUUGACCUGGUCAGACACCCCUCCUUGAGAUAUCUGGUGGCCUGGCACCUCACUCAGAGCAAAGGACAAAUUCCUUAGACAACCUACAUGAGCCAACAGGGUGCUCCCUCCCUCCGUCUUUGCCUCCGCAUCCUACUGCUCUCUCCUCUGACUCCAUGAGCCCCAGUGGUCCCUUGCUGCUUUUCACAAGUGCCAGGCCUGGCUCAGGGCUUUGCACUGGCUGUUCUCUCUGCCAGCUCACUCCUCCUCCUGGUAGCUGGAUGGUCUCUCCUCCACCUCCUUAAGUCUUAACUCAGAUGUCACCCUCCCAAUACCUUCUCUGGCACUGUAUCUAAAAAGGCACCCUGCCUGCACUUUCUUCCCCUCCACCCCCUUUUAUUUUACUUGUGGCAACUACACCUAUAAUUAAUAUAACAUAUAGUUUACUAACCAAUUUGGUUACAAUUUUGGACCACAGAAUGUUAGAUUGCUAGGACAGUUCCUUUAAAGAGCUACUCUUUCCUUGUAUAAUCAAUGAAUAUUGGCUGAAUGGAUAAUAUAACAGAAGGAUAGAAGGUUAAGAGGAAGGGAGAGUAGAGCAGCAGGUAGUAUUCCUUCACAAUAUCAGUAAUUUCAAUUAAUAUUUAUUCAGUGAUUCAGUAUUUUCUAUCUCAAACAUGGUUAUAUACAUAGAGUGAGGUUACUUCCCUUGCUAAGGGAAGCUCUCUGUUGAAGUGACUUAUUUCAUGACCACUGUAUCCAUUCUAGAUCUAAUAUAGAGAUUUUCACCCAGUAAAGUCAACGAUGAAUUAUUACUGAUGCUUGGAAGAAACUGAACACUGGUGAUAUUUUUAUCAUCUUCCUCACCAUUACCUUGAAAUAUUUGUUAGGUUUAUAUGUUAAACCAGUAGGUCAUUGUUUUAAAGGAAGGCAGCAUUCAUUUAGGUCUUCCUGGGAGGUAAAAGCUCAACACCAAUAGUUCUGUCUCCUUAAGCUGUAGAAUUAUAUACCUGCAAUAACAGACUACAUUAGUGUAUUUUUAUGUAGAUGCUCAAGUGUCAGUAAGUAUAUUUAUUUCUAACAAUGAGUUUACUACAGUGUGAUGCAACUGUACAGGGUUAUUAGAAAACUAGUUGUGUUUGUACUUCUCCAGAAAGAAAAGUAUCUUACUACUACUCAUACUUGAGCCAGUUUAAAAGAAGCCUCUCUUUACCCAGCCCAGAAACAGUCACGAGACUAAGGAUCUCCUUUUUCUUUUAGUUUUGCUGACCACCCGGAUUUUCCAUUUCAUGAUGAAUAUUAAUGACAAGUGUGUGAGGAUGCUCCUGUUUUUAAAUGUGGCCCAGGGUUGGAGAUCAUCUCAAGGAUGAGAAGGUGUCUGUUGUGUUCCAUGCCUCAUACCUCAGUCAGUCACAAUAAGGCUUGUGUGUCUGGGUCAGGAAAGAAGUCUCUAAACCCAAGUUUUUUCCCCAAAUAAAUAAUGAUAAAAUUUGACAACAAAA